AUUUUGUCAAGAAGGAUUGCUAUUUGCUACCCUUUUCCUUCAAACUUGCAAGAACUUCGGUGCAACUCAACUUGUGAGUCACAGCCUGUGGUUUCUGAACAAGAGAGGUAACAAAAUGCAGGCCAGUGAUCGCUUUAACAUCAAUUCUCAACUUGAGCAUCUCCAAGCCAAAUAUGUUGGAACUGGCCACGCCGAUUUGAACAGAUUUGAGUGGGCAAUGAACAUUCAGCGUGAUAGCUAUGCAUCAUAUAUUGGGCACUACCCUUUACUCGCAUACUUUGCUGUUGCAGAAAAUGAAUCUAUUGGAAGAGAACGCUACAGCUUUAUGCAGAAAAUGCUCCUGCCUUGUGGUCUGCCUCCCGAAAGAGAAGAAGAUUAAGAAUCACCAUCUGGAUUAUAAAUGGAUCAUCGCAGCACAUUUAUAGUCUUUUGACAGUUUGUUAUACUGUGUUAUUUGAUUGAGGAAAAAGAUGGCUGUGUGACCUUCAUUAGAGAUUGCUGCAUCUUCCUUCUUUAGCUUGUCGAUGCUUAAAAGCUUUAGUUGUUAUGGAACUUGGAAAAUUAGGCCACGAGAUGACUGAGUUAAGCUUUCUUUACGUUGUCUUUGUCUUUCUUAAAUGAUGGCCCUUUAAAGUUGAAUGAGCAUACAUGUGAUUCUCCCUUGUACGCCUAGGAUUCACCAUUCAUUUGAGUUGAUCAGACUCAUUAUUCAGUAAUCUAAUAUGCAUCAUUUGUGACAAUAUCAUAGGCUAUGUUAAACUAUCCCAAAGGCACAACUAUUAUAAGACCUUCUACAAUA